AUGGUGAUUAUUCAUGGAAAAGGAGAUUUCACGACUGAUGAAGUUCGCGCUUACAAGCAGCAAAUAUAUCAAAAUGUUAUCUCAGCAAUGCGCACAUUGUUAGACGCGAGGCAAAAACUCGGUUUUCCGUGGCAAAAUCCCGAACGUCAGAAAUUUGUGGAUUCAAUAAUGAAAUUUACGAGUUCAGAAUUAAUGCGUGGAAUUGAUCAGUCGACUUUCGGCGAUAUUGCUCCAUUGAUACGUGACUUUUGGAGCGAUGAAGCCAUUAAACGUACUUAUGAGCAACGCAAUCUUUUUCAGAUUUGCGAAUCAUGUGUUUAUUUUUUUGAGCAUAUCAGUCGAGUAUCAAUGUCAGAUUACUAUCCAACAAAUAAGGAUAUUUUAUUUUGUCGUAAGGCAACUCGUGGCAUCACCGAACAUAUUUUUGAAAUUCAACGCAUCGCUUUCAGAUUCAUUGAUGUUGGUGGACAGAGAUCGCAACGACAAAAAUGGUUCCAAUGUUUUGAAGAUAUAACUAGUAUACUUUUCAUGGUGGCUUCAUCUGAAUACGACCAGGUAAUUCUUGAAGAUCGUCGAACAAAUCGCAUUGUUGAAUCUCGAUCAAUUUUUGAGACUAUCGUUAAUAACAAAUCGUUCUCGAAUGUAUCAAUAAUUCUCUUUAUGAAUAAAAGUGACCUCCUCGAAGAAAAAGUGCCAAAAUCGGAUAUCCGUCAAUAUUUCGCUGAUUUUCGUGGCGACCAUCGAAGUAUUAGCGAUGUUCAAUUUUUUAUAGUCGAUAAAUUUGAAGCUUGCCGUCGUAAUAAAAGUCGCCCGUUUUUCUAUCAUUUUACGACAGCGGUUGACACGGAAAAUAUUCGACGAGUCUUUAAGGAUUGUCGUGAAACUAUUUUAGAACAAAAUUUAAAAUCUCUGUCUUUGCUAUGA